UUCCAAAUAGCUGGACUUCCUGACUAUGUUAAAAUUGUAGAAGUUGGGCCAAGAGAUGGAUUACAAAAUGAAGAGGUCAAAGUUCCAACAGAUAUCAAAAUUGAGUUAAUCAGUCGACUUUCCAAAGCAGGCUUGACUGUAAUAGAAGCAACCAGCUUUGUUUCUUCAAAGUGGGUACCUCAGAUGGCAGAUCACACAGAAGUAAUGAGAAGGAUCGAGCGGCAUCCUGGCGUACGAUACCCUGUACUCACACCUAAUCUUCAAGGUUUUCAUUCUGCUAUUGCAGCUGGGGCAACAGAGGUAUCAGUAUUUGGUGCAGCAUCUGAAUCUUUCAGCAAAAUGAAUAUUAAUUGUUCCAUAGAGGAAAGCAUGGGAAAAUUUGAAGAAGUUACUAAAUCAGCAAGAAAUAUGAAUAUUCCAGUGCGAGGGUACGUAUCUUGUGCAUUGGGAUGCCCAUAUGCAGGAAACAUCAUACCAGCUAAAGUGGCAGAAGUGUCUAAACAGCUCUAUAGCCUGGGCUGCUAUGAAAUCUCUCUGGGGGACACUAUUGGGGUGGGGACCCCUGGCAGCAUGAAGAGAAUGCUGGAAGCUGUUAUGAAGGAAAUUCCAGUGAGUGCUCUUGCAGUUCAUUGUCAUGACACGUAUGGCCAGGCUUUAGCCAAUAUCCUCACAGCCAUGCAGAUGGGCGUUGGUGUUGUGGACUCCGCUGUUGCUGGAUUAGGUGGCUGUCCAUAUGCGAAAGGUGCUACUGGAAACGUAGCCACAGAGGAUGUUCUAUACAUGCUUAAUGGUUUAGGGAUCAAUACGGGAGUGAAUCUCUAUAAGGUGAUGGAAGCUGGUAACUUCAUCUGCACAGCUUUAAACAAGACAACAAAUUCUAAAGUUGCUCAAGCCUCCUUCAGUAUUUGAACUGUAAAUUAAACUGUUCUUUCUGCAAAUUAAUUCACAUGCAAUAUAUUUUGCCCAAGAACACUUACAAAAGGAAAUCAAUUUGCAAACCCUUUUCAGUUGAGGAAAAAAGAAAGCAGGUAUAGUGGUUAUUUAUGGAAAGGAUAACUGUUAAUUGUAAUAAUACAUAUUGCCAAAUGUUAUUUUGGGGAAACACGAUAGCAUUGAAAAUAAUAAAUAUAAUGCCUAUCAAUAGACUCUUAUGUAUCUGAUAUUUUUAAAAGUGAGAAAAUCAUGUAAAACUUCUGGGCAACUUGCUAUCUAUUUUAGUGGCUUUUUAGCUUGCUUUAGACAAAAUUCAUUACAGAGUUCCACAAGAAGUGAAUAUAUUGUUAAUUCUUAAUCAAGCUGACUUUUAGUACAGUACAAAUAUUUAAAGUAGUUUAUGAGAUCCACAUUGUGUGUGUCCUAGCUAUUAUGUGUUUUAUUUCUCCGAAUCUCUACUUUUCAUUUGCCAAGUCAAUUAUGUUAUGAACAUGAUGUCCAAGUUAAAUUUACUGAGAGUAGUUUUGUAUUUUUACAAUGGUUAACAUCUGUUAAGUAUAUGAAUUACUUUACCUUGUUCCAAACGUUUGUGACAAAUGCACCCUGCUAUAUCCCCCAAAUCUAGUGCAACCUCUCAUAUUUUUUAGCUACAUUAAAUUCAUUGUAGUUGCCUUUUUCAUCAGCUGGGUUAAAAACCAGCUUAAUUAAAUUAAGCAAUGAAAAAGAAGAUAAGGUUUAUGCUUUAGUGUAACAACUUUCUUUCAGAGGAUGUUGAUGACCAUGAGUGAGUAGUUUGCACUGGGAGAACCAUCCACAACCUGUCUCUAAGCUAUUGUGAAUUUGGUACUACUGUCAUAAUUUUGUGCUCAAUAUUGCUUCUUUUACAGUGUCUGUCUAUGCAGCCUUCUUCAGUCUUUCAUUAUGUAGCAAUUCUUGAUCUGAAUUUCAUUAGAAAGUAAGCAACUUCAAACUUCAAAAACACUGGGCUAUGUUCUCUUUCCCAUUGACAUAUAUUCAGCUCUUCUCAGAAAUGUGAAAAUUUGGAGAAGGACGAGAUUUAAAUAAGUGAUUUACACUGAAAGAAAGAAGAAAGUGGGACCUUCUGUAGCAGUGUCUGCCUGCAGCCCAACUCUAUUAAACUACAGGACUGCCAUUAUCACAGUCACUGGUGUUGUGCCAGGGUCUAAAUCAAUCUGAUUGUGAGACAACCAGGAUGUUGAUUUAUGGCACAUAUGGUUGGGAUUUUGUUGGUAACUAUUUGAUGUCUUUCUGGGCAAGUGUUGGCUUCCUUAAGGCAUGGGUGAACUCUUACUUUUUUCAAGGAGUUUGGUAGGUGUGUUUGUCUGAAAGAGGCAUUGAUUAUUCCCAUUAGUAGUUAGUAUAGUUGUUCUUUGCUGUCUCUUACCAGUCUGGAGGCUUCUGAGUCCAUUUCACAGAUGGUGGCUUUAAUAUGUUUCAGAGCUACCUUGCUUUGCAGUCAGAUACAGUUCAAUUUCUACAGGCGCCUGAAAUUGGCCUUGACCUGGCACAGUUGUAUGCCAGUUUAAGAUAUAACCAGACAGACUGCAUUGAAAAUAAAAGAGCUGUAAUAUGAGUGCACAAUCCAACAGUUGCAAAACCAAGAACAACACACAAACACCCCCACUGCAUGGGCUCAUAAACAGGUCAAAGGGUGGUUGUGAUUCUUUCCUUCAAUUAUGGCUAUAUGGGAGGGGGCUGACAAAAUUUUCUCACUGUUGUGAUGUGGGCUCAUAGCAUGCAGAUUGAGAAUCACAAUUAUUACUACUAAUAGUAUUUGUAGUAAAAUUAUUACUGUUUUGAUCUAUGCUAUUGAAAUGAACCAGUUCUACGGCCAAGGGAUAGUGAAUGUAUAAGAUAUGCUUGUUUUCUCUGACAGUUAUUUUAAGAGGAGAGAGUAUGGCCUAGUAAAAAGAUCUGUGCUCUGGAAGUUAGGAUUUUGUUCCAAGUGGACUGUAUGACUUACCAGACAGCUCACCUAGUGCUCUGAGGCUUUAAUUAAUUAAUAUUUGAAAUGUUCAAAAUAUUGAGUAAAAAAAGUAUCUGAUUUGAGAACUGUCCCUGCAACAUUUUCCAAGUUUGAUGUUGUAGAUUAUUUUUAUUUAUGCAUUUAUUUAUAAUUAUUAAAGGGAAACAUUUUUCUUCCAAUCUCCCUGCUAGUUAACAUCUGCCAUCAAGAUCCAAAUGUCCAAGCAGGAGAACAUGACUAAAGCCAGUGUUAAUGUAGCCUAGUCAGUCACGUACCAGAGAUGUGGUAUAUUUGCUGAAGAACAGUCAUCAGUGCUACUGUACUGGGUAAAUGCACUGAUUAUUUUGCAGUACAUGGCAUUAAUCUUAAAGGUGAAAUAAAACAUAUCUAAAUGUUUGUUGAAAUAAGUACACUGAUGUAGUACAACAUGCUAGAUUCAACAACUCCAGUUCACUAAGUCACACAAAAGGCGUUAGUAAAUAUCAGCUGUCACUCCAUCACAUACUCUAAUGUUUACUUUGGUAAGGUGUAAGCCAUUCUGAGUGCAUUUGCUUGUGAUUACCUUUAUUAUCAGUUGUUCCAGUCUGCUUUUAUGGAAAAUGAUAUGUAACUGAUGAAUCUCUUCUAAGUUACCAUAGAAACAUAUUCCUUCCCUCCAUUAACUAAGCAUUAACUAUAAGAUCUUUGAUAACUCAAUAUAUUCCUCUGUAAAGAAAUAUUCCAGUGAUGAUAAUCAAAGUUGAUUCAAUGUACAAUGCUCAGGUCAUUUACAUUUUUUCCUCAAUUUUUAUUUUUCAGCUUCUGCCCAUAUCACAAAUUCAGAGCAAAUGUUUUCAUUACUGUUUUUAUAUGAGCUAAAAUUACCUGUAUCUGCUGCAAUCAAUGGUAAAACUAUAGUUUUUUAGAAAAGAAACAGGCAACCCAGGAGCAGAUGGGGUAAAAGGAACUGCUUUAUUGCCUAUGCACGUUUAUGUCAGACAUUUAACACAAUGUCUGAGUAUCCACCACCUGGUGCCAAUUUUACACUUUUAUCUAUUUUAGUAUGUUAAUUCACAUGUCUAUCACUACUUUUCCUAAAGCCUUAUUUAAUAAUGUUAACUCCCAUAAAAUGAAUAUUAAUAAGCAAAUAAUAAAUACAAUUAUCAUCAUCAUCAUGAUCAUAAUCGACCAUGGGCUCAAAGCCUCCCUCGCUACUAGCUCCGCACCAAUCUACUAUAUCAUCU